GGUGCACGUGUUUCACUCAGUUGUCAUUUCCUAGUUGGAUCCGAUCUCUUUUCUAUCAGCUCAUGAAGAAGAUUCAUUAGUAUUAUCACAACUAAGUAUUCGUUAGGUUGGUAUAUUCAAGGACGUUACAAGUUUUCUCAAAAAUAUGGUGGAUUAUCUUUAAAAACCAAUUUGAUAAUUUUAUUACGAUCACGUGAUUUCAAUACUGUUUUAUUGUCACCGCCGUGGAACUUAUCACAUGAUUUAAUUACAAAUAUAGUGCACCUUAUUUUAUGUCAAUAUAAAAAUGAUUCAUCAUUGUCAAAUUUAUCUCAGUGUCAUAUCAUGUUUUAUAUUGGCUCAAAGUGGUUAGAUUGCAAAUUUUGAGUUGAACUAAAUGGUAACAAUUAGGUGCCAUAACAGAUUCCCUUCACUAACUUAUUUCUGUGUGAAAUUAAUUUGGCUAUUGUUGAUUUGAACAGACGAUGAUAUUUGGUUUUGAACCUCAUAUGAUGGUUGCCCACAAGAAGAUAAUCCUUCAAUGGGGAGCAGUGUUUCUACUUGUGGCACUAAAAAUUCACAUUGCAUCUUCAAAAUCAUUAACAGACAAUGGACUUCAUCCGCAAGAACUGAACAAUAUUUCAUCAACUCCAUCUCAUAAUAAUUCAUUUGCAGCUGAAACAGUGCCAACAUUCAAACUUUCCGGUACAUCAGAAAUUCCUGUGGAGAAUUAUAAUUUGAGUUAUACAAGCAGAAGCUAUUUGUCAAAGCUGGAGAGUGAAGUUUUGCCAAACGCCAAUAUCAAUAAUUCAUUUUCUUUUAUUCCUAAGAAGAAAGAAUUCGAAGCUGAACAUUUUCAUUUUAACUCAUCGGUUUCAUUCAACAGGACCUUGAAUGUUGAAUCUAUUGGUGACAUUGAUCAAUAUUUAGAAAGCCAAAAUGAUGUAAAACAAGCAUCGAACUUUUCUACAUUGUACCCCUUCUCUAAUUCCACCACCGGUGUUCCUGCAGAACUCCUUGAUGAUGAUAUCUUAGAUAUUAAACCUCCAGUUGUGGACAAAAUCGACAAUUCUAAUAUCACGGUAGUGAAAGAAGAAAUUGAACACUUUGGUGAAAAUAUAAAAAGACUCAAAGAAAAUGUUCAUAGUAUCAAAGAUAACCUCAGGAAGAUUUUAUUCGAAGCUGACUCAUCUGCCAAUCAAAACUCAGGAGAAAAUCAUACUGUGCCAUAUACUUUAAACAAUCGAAGUUCUCUGAUUCUCCAAAGUGAUGAAGUUAAUUCAAGAACAAGCAAUGAACUUCAUAAUUCAACUUCUGCUGUGCCAAAAAUGAUCAACGGUAGUUCUCCAAUUUUGAAACCUCACCGUAGCAGCAGCACAACUACUUUGGAUUCAAAGUUACCCAAUAAUAGCAAAACUAGUCACAUGGAUUCUUAUUCUGGACUUGCUAAUCAUAGGCGUGAAAGAAUUUCCAGUAAACCUGGAUCACUGGAAUUCAGUAAAAUAUCUGCAGUGGCUUCGAAUAUAAGUGAAGUUAGCCGUAGAGUGGGCGCGUUCUUACAAGAACAUUAUUGGGAUUCAAAAUCUGGAAAUAAAGAUCAGCAGCAAGAAGAGAUGAUUUCUAGAGGUUUAGAAAAUCUUGUUGAUGGCGUUGAAGAAUCUGAGCUUCCAUCCUCCCAAGUUCUUCAACAAUGGGUGAACUUGGAGGAAUCCUUCCGAGAAUCUGUGGAUGCAGUUGUGAGACAAGCUUUACCCUUGUUGGUGCGGGCCUCAUCAGAAAUGCAACUCAGUAACGGAUGUUACACCAGCUUCUUCCAGUUGCUUCUAGGACUCAGAAGACUCAGGCCUUGGGCGUUCCAAAUGAUAGAUGCUUUCGGUAAGCCUCCUGCUGGAAUGCUUCAAGGCACGGUUACAUCCUUCGGUGCUUAUGACGAAUGCGUCAACAUUGUGGCCAUGUCCGAUCCAAAGAAGAAGAUUCCUUCUCAGCAAUACUUUCGGGGAAAGUAUUGUACAGUUGAGAUCAAACCUCCUUUGCCUCCAAAGCCUCAGUAUUAUACCAUGUACGAGCCUGUCAGCAUUUUGGCUAAUUUUUCUAACGGCGAUGAUAACGUCAUUCGCCAAGCUGCUCGACAAGCUCACGCGUUUUAUUUUCUGACUUACCGUAUGGAUAUUUGUGUCCCUUCUACAUGUACUCAGGAUGACGUUAACAAUAUGGCACAAUUUGCUGCAAAAUAUAUUGAUAUCGAAGUCACAGUUCCUAGAUGCAGUGUCAAAGAAAGUUUAUAUUUUGAUAAGACACAGGUGGUAAUAAUAUGCAUUGUAGGAGUACUUUUAUCCUUUGUUCUCUUCGGUACCAUCUUAGACAUAAUACGGGAAAUAUUUUACAAAACGAAACUAAUAACCAAAUGUUUUACGAGUGCUUUAGUAAAAUUGUUGCUCUCAUUUUCAUUGAACACAAAUGCUGAUCAACUUUUGAACACUGAUUCAGCUCAAAAUGGACUCGACUCAGUCCACGGAAUGCGAUUUUUUGGUAUGGGAUGGUUAAUUCUUGGACACACAUACUUCAACAGUAACGUUCAGAUGUACGGAAACCUGUCGGAAGCCAGUGCUUUUGCUGAAGGGUUCUUGUUCCAGAUCAUCGUCAAUUCAACCGUAUCUAUUGAUACAUUCUUCUUCAUAAGUGCUGUUCUGUUGUCUUAUCUCACGCUUCAGGGCGCCAGCAAGCACGGUUAUUACAGUAUACCACGUCUUUUCUUCAGAAGACUCAUAAGGAUCCUUCCUACAUACAUGAUGGUCAUUAGUGCCACUUUUAUUCUUCCCCAUUUGGGCUCUGGACCUUUCUGGAACGAGACUGUGGAUCCAGUGGUAGAUUCGUGUAAGCAAAAUUGGUGGACAAAUCUUCUCUUCAUCAACAACUUCGUCACAACACCAGGACAAAGAUGUCUGGAACAUUCGUGGUACAUUUCAUGCGAUUUCCAACUUUUUAUAAUAGCUCUAUUCAUUUUAUUGGCUCUAAUCAAGCGGCCGAUGUUUGGUAUGGCCCUCAACGUUAUUAUGAUUAUGGUAUCCAUGGUGAUGACCGGACUCCUCACGUAUUACUACAAGGUACCACCAACGUUGCUAGCCAGUUUUCCGGACCCAGAAGAACGCAAAUUCUUGAAUCAUGUGAUCAUCAGCAAACCAUUCUGCCAUCUUGGUCCCUAUUGCGUUGGCUUGGCGACAGGAUACUUUUUUUACAAAUGCAAGGAAAUCAAAUUGAAGCCAUACCAUCACAUUAUCGGUUGGGGCAGUGCAAUAUCAGUGACAGCAGCUGUGGUGUAUGGAGUAUUGGAAUGGAACAAGGGUAAUUUGCCUAGCACGCCAGCUGCUUUAGCAUAUGCUGCAACGCAUCGGACAGCUUGGGCCCUUGGAUUGUCCUGGAUUACAAUCAUAUGUGUUGCCGGUUAUGGAGGUUUAAUCAACAGCAUAUUGUCGUGGAAAGUAUUUAUUCCUUUGAGUCGACUGACUUGCAUGGUUUACCUGAUACAUCCCCUCAUUCAAUACAUUCUGACUGGAUACAUUCGAGAACGUUUACAGACAAAUCAUAUCAUAUUGGCCUACUUUUUCUUUGGACAUAUCAUGACAUCGUAUGCCUUAGCUGCAGCUUGCUUCUUUCUCUUCGAUGGUCCUGUUGAAGCUCUUAUGCGUCUUAUAUUGGGAGAUUAUACAGCUCCUAUUCCAGAACUGGCGAAAACUUCAGCUAUUAAGAAAGUGCUCAACAACAAUAUAUAUGUCAACAAUCAAAAUAGCUUAAAACCCUUACCAUAAAUUCCAUCCGUCUUAAACUGCAGGCCAUGAAUUUAACAGAGACAACUAGAAAACCACUUGUCUGCAAGCGACACAAUUAAAAUGUUUCAAUACAUUAUUGAUUCUAUAUGCUCAUUUCAAACUUUAAAUGGAAAAGAAAUACAAAUUUCCAUAAAUAUUUAGAAAAAUGACAAUCAUGAACUGAAGGGGUGUUUAAAAAGGUUUUCUCGUGUCAACAGGUGAUGUAUGGAUUAGAAAAUUAUGAAUGAUGUAUGGACAAUCAUGCAAUUGAAUUCAAUCUAAAUGAUCCAUCUGGAAUGAUAACGAUAGAAGUAUCAACCACCGCAAAAUACGAAGAAAUGCUAGCACACAAAUACAUUUCGCAAGUAUUAAACUUGUCUAAAUGAAACUUUGAUAAAUGCUUAUUUAGAGACAUUUUAGAAAUGUAGUUUGAAUAUCUGUUUUUCUUUCCAAAAUAACGAAUGUGCUCAAUUCUUUUCAAGAAUGUCAUGGUUUUAGAUUUCGUACCGUUAUUUUUUAUGUGUGUCUUUGGAGUUUUCUUGAAGAUUCAUAUGAAGCCUUAUAAAGGUAUUCUCAUGUGCCAGAAACUAUAUAAUGUGCUAUGUUUUUACGAUGGAGUAAUACAUGUUUGUUCUUGCUGUUAUGUUCACAAAUAGACGCAGAUGAGAAAGAAGUACUAUAUAUUCAUAAAUAAAAAAAGCAUAUCAAAUAGUCGUAUUCUAAUCAGAAUAUGGGUGUUCAGUUUAAUACGUGUACCAAAAUAGCUGAAGAACAUCUGUUAUUUUAAAAAUGAUUCUUCAUUUUUAAAACAGCAUUAAAAUUUAUUCGUGCUUUAACAAAAUAUAAAUAUUUAAUUUUGUUACGCCAACAGUUAUGCAGUUUAAUUAAGUAUAUACAAAAUGGAUUCAUGCCCAAUUAUUUGCAACUCUUCCAACUGCGUAGGAAGAGCAUCAAAUCCGAAAAAGUAUGAAGUUAUUUCUCUUUAUAUUAGCAGUGUUUUAUCUGUGUGAAUCUGUACUCAUUGAAAAGUUUUUAUGGAUGAAUAAGAUAUACGCCAUUUAACUAUCGGUGAAAAUUUCAGAGAAAUGAUUUUCACCUUGUUUUAAUUAAUCCUGCAGUAUUUUGAUCCUUAGGUUAAUAUUUUAAUUUAUAAGGAAUUUUGAACUACUUUGAGAAUGGAUAAAAUCAUGGAAAUCGCCAAUCUUGAAUAGAAUACCGAUUACUGUUAUGAAUUUUCUAUAAUCCAAUCAAAAAUAUUUCAACUAAGAUAUUUUUGAACUUCUCUAAACUUUGCUGUACAUUCUGAAUUUUUCAACAGCUUACCUUUGUAUCUAUAUAUAUUUAUUACCAUUCUUUUAUCGGUAUUAUAUUUUCCUCAUUUUGAUUUUU